CACGCAGGUGAUGCUUCCCGGAAGCUUCGUCUUCUUCCAGAUUUCCUCUCUGCAUGUCCUUUUCUUUCCUCGCUACAUGCCGGCAUCUUCAUUCUCGAGGCUCGACGGCGCUUCUCUUUCUGUCCACUCUCACCAAGUUCAAAACUAACCCUUGAUUCAGCUACACAUACGAACUCGCAUACGAAGAUCAUGCAUUUAUUGGACACACAUCUCCAGCAACUUGUUCUUUCUCGGCGCUGAAUAUUUUUGACACUCGCGAUUCCGAAACUUCGAACCACUUGGGGCUGUGGAAUCAUCAUUUGACCCGUUGGAGUGACAAGAUCGGUUGAGCUCGAAGUCUGCAAUUUUAUGUGAGAUAGUUUCUUCUCGGGGUUUACCCCUCUCUAUUGGUAAAAGCAGAAUCUACAUAUUUACCCAAGAAGAAGGUGGUUAGGUUAUCUACUGAUUGAAGCUUGCUCUGUCAUUUGUCACUGCUGAAGCUCUCUGCAUACUUGACAUUGGAUGUUUGUUGAUACGAGAGGAUUAAGAUGCGAUCUGGAGAGGAUAGUGUUGAUCUUGAAUCUGAUGAGAUCCCUCUAAGAUCAUCUCAGAGAACAACUAAAAUACAAAGUUUGCAUUGUGAAGUGCCUCAUAAUCACAUUCUAUUGACUAGAGCCUUUUCAUCUUCAAGAUUCUUGAGAAUGAUGCGUCGGAAUACUGCUCUCAGAAGCAUUUACAUUAUUCUAAUAAAAGCGAAGAUCAAUGUGUUGCUUCCUUUUGGCCCGCUAGCAAUAUUGCUGCACUAUGUUACUGGGAAGCAUGCAUGGGUAUUUUUUUUCAGCUUGUUGGGCAUUGCACCUUUAGCUGAGCGCCUAGGAUAUGCUACCGAGCAGCUGUCAUUUUAUACAGGGCCGACAGGUAUUAUUGCUCACUUUCUGGCACAUAUUUGAGUAUCUAAGAAGAAAAUCUGAUUAUGACGGGAAACAACUGAAAUAGGUGCAUUUAUAGUAUUCAUCGAUGAGAAGUUGGUCCUUCAAUAUUUCACCUUCAUUUAAUAAUAGAUUGGUUAAAGACAAUUGCCCUAUCACAUCAGAUUGAGCAGUUGCAUCUAUGUAGUUACACAUUGAAUACCGUUGUUAACGAUGGAAGAUCAUUAGUCCGGCUAUGCAAUUGAAUAUAGAAGCUCUUGAUUGUGGUUAGGAACAUAUACAUGCUCCUUCAUUUUUUUCCCAGACAAUACAGUUUAUCUGUAGAUGUGGUGUGUCUAUUUAAGAUAUGUGAGUAUGUGUGUGCACACACAAAAUUAUAAAUUCAAGUACUUCUAUUGCUACUGGCCUACUGCUAUGUUCUGAGUAUCCCACAUCAGAACUUGAAGAGAAAAAUAACCCGGUAUAUAAGCCCUUGAGUUGAACUAACUAAUCGAUUGGAUUCAAUCUUUUAAUGUGGUUCAACCCAAGUAUCUUAUUACCCAAUCCAGUUGUCCAUACUCAUUCCAAAUUUUAUCAUGGUAUCGGAGCAGGUUUUGGCCCACCUCGUUUGUCAAGGUGUCCGUCUAGACGUUCAUUCCUAGCGGCCCGUUAGUGUUUAGCCCAGUUGUCCGUAUGGAGUAUGUACCCAAUGGCCUGUGGCUUGUUUGACCCGAUUGCACGUCUGGAAGUCCAUACCCAGCGGCUCGUGGUCCUUUAGGUGUUGGCGCUCAAAAAAAAAAGUCAAGGGAAUGGGAGUUUAUUUGCAAGUGGUCAACCGGUUAGAUUCAAAAUGUCCCGGUUGUCCACUUGAGGGGGAGUGUUAAGAGUAUCCCACAUCGGAACUUGAAGAGAAAAAUAACCCGGUAUAUAAGCCCUUGAGUUGAACUAACUAAUCAAUUGGAUUCAAUCUU